CUUGGAACGACUUUCGUGAGGUUGUGAAGGGAAGGAACUGGAAAAUAACUCUUCGGAUAAUAGUCUGUUACUCGUCCAAAGGCUGUUACUCGUUAAAUGGUAGUUGCUUCGAUCCGUGGUGCAAAUAGCCUGGUUGUCCCUGGUAUGCCACCGAACGAGUGAUAAUCUCACCCGGGAUCGGUGGGAAAUGGCCCAGAGACGGAUGACGCCUGCUGCGGGUCUGUCGAAAUGUCAGGCGAUUCCCAGUGUAACCGACCGAAACUUUCAUAGACGCAUUCGGGCACAUAUUGAGUCCGAGAUUGGCAAGCUGAGCUAUACAGAGCAGGGAGUUAAUGGGCAGCGGUACAUUAUCUAUAAAAAUGCAUUUGACAAGAUCAUUGAAAAUACCACAGCAUAUAAAAAUAUUCUUACAGCCAUCAAACAAGAGUACGACGAAAGCAUCAAUCUUUUACUCGAAGGACAAAAAGACUCUCUAUUCCUGCAGAGAAAGUUGAAAUCAAUGGCUUCUGAGCCGGCAACACUCAUGGCUUACAAGAACAGAGCUAUGCAGCUUCAAAAAAAAAUUGAAAUCAUUAAAAAAAAUACUGCUGAAUUAGAAAAUUCCCUGCAAAUAACAAAAUAUUCAAGAAAUGUAAAGGAUGAGACAACAGAAGAGACUCUGCUGCCAGAAAAAGAAACUUCAAAUUUUAAACUCAUUCCAGGCCUAACAUUGGAAGAAUCAGUAAAUAUGGAGGAUCUGUGCAAGCAUCUGCAGAAACUGGAAAGGAAACUUAAGGACUUAAGAGUGAACAAAGAAACAAAAUAUGUGCCAAUACAAAUCAAAACUGAAAUUAGUGAAAAGAUUAAUCAAAAAAUGCAACAAAGUGAAGAGCUGGUUGUGGCAAAUGAGCAAUUAAAACUCAGAUACACAAAACUGAAGAUGAUCGCAGAUGCAGUUACUGCUUGGGAGCAUUCAGAUAGAAGUGUUUCUCUCACUGAAUUCAUUUCGCCAAGUAUUAAAAAAGCAAGAUCUCUGAAAGAGGUUGAUAUUCCUUGGCCUGGGGUAUUUGAUGACGAUGAUCCUAGUAAUAUUGAUGAAACUGCAUACUUGUUGAAGUAUGUUGAGAGGUUUACUAAGCUCUUUGAAGAAAAACAGUAUCAGGCAGCUGCAAUAUAUGUAGCGAAUUGCCCCAGAGGCAUCCUUCAUAAUAUGGAGGUCAUGGAAAAGUUCAAGGCUGUUACAGAAUAUGAAGGGUAUGUUUCUCCUCUCCUGCAUUUCUUUGAGGCUGUAAUGAACUCCUUUCCUGCCGUCAGACAUCCACCUAAUGCAAAAAUGUCAUUAGAGGGAGUUAAAUGUGCAUUGAUGCACAACAGACAGGAUCUGGUCAUACGUUGGAUCAUACAACAAAGAUUGACGUGUUCUGAAGCUCUGGGAGAUGUGAUUUACGAUUAUGGAGAUUCUGAACUGCAAAGCUUAGCCACAUGUAUGACAUUGGCUCAGAAUGUCUACAAUAAAUGUGAUGUGCAUAAGAAAGCUGUUCUCUGUAUGUGCAGGCUUGGGGAGAUUUCUGGGGCAUUGGCAUAUAUCCAUGAGUCCAAAAAAUUCAGCUUAGAUGAUUGUUUAUUCUUGUUGAGGAAUUGUCAAACUACUGAGUUACUUCAGGGCCUGACCCAUGAAUGGAAUGGAAAUCCAGCAGCUCUCUCAAUAGGGCUAGCAGUAUUGUGGCUCAUCUCAAAUGAUCUCAAGGAAGUUGGAUUCCAUCUUUUGAAGGAGACAGAUGAUUGUGGUCAAGGUGCUUUGGAACAGGCAAUCCUUAAUGAUUCUGUCUCUACACUGGAAGAUUGGCAGGAAAUUGCAGAAGCAUGCAACACUCAUAACUACAACAAAUUGGCAAACAGCAUUUUUACUGUUCUCACAUCACAAGAAGGAGGAACAGUCAUAACAAUUACAAGUGAUGAUGACAAAGAUGGUGCAAAAUUGACAGAACAUGUGUUAUUGUAGCUGUCAGUUUGUAAGUACAUUUUAUAACAUUCAAAAUUAAAGAUGGAAAGUAAUACAUAGUAAAAAUCUUUGUUAAAUUCAGAUCUAUAUAUUGCAUUACAUUCUCAGAAAAUGCUGAAGCAUAUUUUUUCCAGUAGGUUACUUCUGAAAUAUGGUCAUUGUUCUACAUUGCAGUCAAUUUGUUCACAACAGGAACCAUAAACAAUAAAGCCUCAAGCGUGCUCCCCUGACAUUUGGUUGCUUCAAUAUCAAUGUUGAUAUAACACUUGCUUAGCAAUAGUGACCAAAGACAAACAAAUACAUAAAUUCCCUGUUUAAAAAAUAAGAGCCCCCCCCCCCAACAAUAUAUAACUUCCUCAAGGCUACACUAUAGUCAAAUUAAAAGCUCAAAUGGACUCCUUUAUUUUGAAGCAAACAUAAAAGCCAAAGAGAUGGCAUACAACGAGCGAAAAUUAGUGGGAAGUUAGAGGACUGGGAAGUUUUUUAAAACUAUCAGGUGUAUCCAGAGAUACCGGCCACGUGACAGAUGCACUGCCACCUGGCUGGUCAGAGGACACACCACAUGCCAAUCAACAUUUGGUCCCUCCCAACUAAUCAAUGCACACCUAAAUUAUUGGCCACCUUAAUUGGAUUAUCGCGCCCAGCCCCAUGCUAUAAAAGGUGAGACAUGUGCCUGGCUCGCUCUCUCUUACAGACCACCUCAUUGAAGGUAAGUGCAUUGAUUUAUGUUUGGGAAGGUUUAUUGUUGGUCCUGGUAAGGGAGCCGCAGCUAUCCAAGGUCAAGGGGGAUAGCUGUCGUAGUGCUUUUCCCUUGUUUUUUGUAUGUGUAACUGUACCCUGUCCCCACACCUCUUUCUGUGUAUUGUACAGCCAACCUGACCUUCCCUACACGUGUUAACCUUAAACAUUUUUUUGUUGGAAUAUUGUAGUUGCUUGUGUUGACCGGACUUCCCCUUGUAAAUAAAUUCCUUAUUAUUAAAACUGUGUCUGUCCAGGCCUGUACUGUUGGGACUCAAAGAACCAGUUAUUUUCCAUCACAACAGAAGGCAACUAAAAAAAAGUAAACAUGGAACACCAAAGUAGGCUAGCCAAGAAUAUUAAAGAGGACACCAAAAGUUUCUUCAGAUACAUGAAGUGCAAAAGAGAGACAAGAGUAGAUAUCGGACAGCUGGAAAACUAUGCUGGAAGACACUAACAGUAUGGUGGAAGUUCCAGGUGUCAGGGGCCAGGAAGUGUGUACUAUUACUAGAGAGAAGGUUUUUGGGAAAUUGAAAACUCUGAAGGUAGAUAGGACACCUGGACCAGAUGAUGUACACCUCAGAGAUCUGAAAUAGGUGGGUGAAAAAGUGUGGAGGCAUUAGUAAUGAUCUUUCAAGAACCACUAGAUUUUGCAAGACUGCAAAAUUGCAAAUGUCACUCCACUCUUCAGGAGGAGAACUAGGCCAGUUGGACUGACCUCAGUGGUUGGAAAGAUGUUGGAAUUGAUUAUUAAGGAUGAGGUCUCAGGGUACUUGGAGGUACAUGAUAAAAUAGGCUGUAGUCAGCAUGGUUUUGUCAAGGGAAAAUCUUGCUUGACAAACCUGUUGAAAUUCUCUGAAGAAAUAACAAGCAGAAUAGACAGGUACUUGGAUUUUAAGAAGGCCUUUGACAAGGUCCCACACAUGAGGCUGCUUAACAAGUUAUGAGCCCAUGGUAUUACAGGGAAGGUUCCAGCAUGAGUAAAGCAGUGGCUCAUUGGCAGGAAGCAAAGAGUAGGAAUAAAGGGAGUCUUUUCUGGUUGGCUGCCAUUGACUAGUGGUGUUUCACAGGGGUCUGUGUUGGGACCAAUUCUUUUUACAUUAUAUUUCAAUUAUUUGGAUGAUAGAGUUGAUGGCUUUGUAGCAAAGUUUGCAGACAAUAUUAAGAUAGGAAGGAGAGAGGGGUUUAUACAGAUUAGGGAAUGGGCAAAGAAAUGGCAGAUGGAAUACAGUCUCAGGAAGUGUAUAGUCAUUCACUUUGAUAGAAGAAAUGAAAGAGUAUUUUCUAAAUGGAGAGAAAAUACAAAAAACUCAAGUGCAAAGGGAUUUGGGAGUUUAUUUGCAGGUUGUGUCUAUAGAGAGGAAGACAAAUGCAAUGUUGACAUUCAUUUCAAGAGGACUAGAAUAUAAAAGCAAAGAUAUAAGGUACUUGUGAGGCCUCACUUGGAGUAUUGUGAGCAGUUUUGGGGUUCAUGAAAAUAAUAUCCAGGGUUGAUUGGCUUGUCAUACGAAGAGAGUUUGAUGGCUCUGGGUCUGUAUUCACUAGAACUCAGAAGAAUUAGGAGUGACCUCAUUGAAUCCUAUCAAAUGGUGAAAGGCCUUGAUAGAGUGGAUAUGGAGAGAAAGUUUCCUAUGGUGGGAGAGUAUAAGACCAGAGGGGACAGCCUCAGAAUCGAGGGGCAUCCUUUUAUAAUGGAGGUGAGCAGGAAUGUCUUUAGCCAGAAUGUGGUGAAUAUGUGGAAUUCUUUGCCACAGACAGCUGUGGAGGCCAAGUCUUUAUGAAUAUUUAAGGCAAAGGUUGAUAGAUUUUAUUGGUUGGUCAGGGCAUGAAGGGAUACAGGGAGAAGGCAGGAUAUUGGGAUUGAGAGGAAAAUUGGAUCAACCAUGAUGAAAUGGUGGAUCAAACUCAAACAGCCAAAUGGCCUAAUUCUACUCCUAUACCUAUGGUCUUAUAACCAGGACUAAUAUUAACUGAGCUAGCAGAAUAUACUGAGCAAUACACACAGUCAGGCAACAUCUUUGAGAGGAAUAAGUUGACAUUUCAGGCCGAGACCCUACAUCAAGAUCAAAAUAUGUUUACCCUUUUAACUUCCCUUUGUGGAACUGUGCAUCAGAUACAAAUGUCUCCUAUGCUGACAUAUGCUAAAUGCAAUAUGAAUACUGGAAAUUUAUUGCAGAGGAGUCAGUGUAACACAUUAUAUCCAUGAUGGUCAAAAGUAGAAACUAAGCUUAUAUUAUUUUCCAGCUUUAGGUUCUUAGCCAUGCAAUUUACAACUCUUCAAAAGCUCAAUCAGGUACUUUUAAAAAUGUGACUUAAGUAUCUGCCGCUCCCACUUUUAUUGACUCCUAGAGUGAAAUAAGGUUUUCUCAAAAACUUGCCAAGAUCUCUAAUAAUUACCCUAAAUUAAUGUGUCCUCAUCACUGAAAACUGUGCUUUAAGGGGAAGACUUUUUUCUGAUCACACAGACAGAAUCAGAUUUAAUAUCACUGGCAUAUGUCAUGAAAUUUGUAUAUUAUGUGGCAGCAGUACGUUGCAAUA